GGCGCGGCGGCGGCCGGGGCCGGGCCCGGGAGCCGCGAGGAGCGCGGGCAGCGCAGCCGGAGCCCGCCGCCCGGGACAUGGCCAAGGCGGGCGGUGCAGGUGGCCCUUCCCCGGGCGGCGGUGCCCCCUGGCACCUUCGAAAUGUCCUCAGCGACUCAGUGGAGAGCUCAGAUGAUGAAUUCUUUGAUGCUAGAGAGGAGAUGGCCGAGGGGAAAAAUGCCAUCCUCAUUGGAAUGAGCCAGUGGAAUUCAAAUGACCUGGUGGAGCAGAUCGAGACCAUGGGGAAACUGGAUGAGCAUCAAGGAGAAGGGACAGCGCCGUGCACAUCCAGCAUCCUCCAGGAGAAGCAGCGAGAACUGUACCGGGCUUCCCUGAGAAGACAGAAGUUCCCGGCCCAGGGAAGCAUCGAGAUCCACGAGGACAGCGAGGAAGGUUGCUCUCAGCGCUCCUGCAAGACACACGUUCUCCUGCUGGUGCUGCAUGGGGGGAAUGUCCUGGACACGGGGUCAGGGGACCCGUCCUGCAAGGCGGCUGACAUCCACACCUUCGGCUCUGUGCUGGAGAAGGUCAUGCGUGCCCACUUCCCGGCUGCUGUGGGCCACAUCCUCAUCAAGUUCGUCCCCUGUCCUGCCAUCUGCUCUGAGGCUUUCUCGCUCGUCUCUAACCUGAACCCCUCCAGCCAUGAUGAGGGCUGCCUCAGCAGCAGCCAGGACCAUGUCCCUCUGGCCGCCCUGCCCCUGCUGGCCAUCUCCUCCCCGCAGUACCAGGAUGCUGUUGCCACCGUCAUCAAGCGAGCCAACCAGGUCUACAGCGAGUUCCUCAAGUCCUCUGAUGGGAUUGGCUUCAGUGGACAGGUGUGUCUCAUCGGGGACUGUGUGGGUGGACUCCUGGCCUUUGAUGCCAUCUGCUACAGUGCGGGACCCUCAGGGGACAGCCCUGGCAGCAGCAGCCGGAAAGGGAGCAUCAGCAGCACCCAGGACACCCCAGUUAUGGUGGAGGAAGAUUGCAGUCUGGCCAGCAGCAAGCGGCUCAGCAAAAGCAACAUCGACAUCUCCAGCGGGGUGGAGGACGAGGAGCCCAAGAGACCGUUGCCGCGGAAACAGAGCGACUCCUCCACCUAUGACUGUGAGGCCAUCACCCAGCACCAUGCCUUCCUCUCAAGCAUCCACUCCAGCAUGCUGAAGGAUGAGUCCGAGCUCACUGCAGCUGGGGGGUCCCAGCUCUCCGAGGUCAGCCUGGGCCGCUUUGACUUUGAUGUGUCUGACUUCUUCCUCUUUGGUUCGCCCCUGGGCCUGGUCCUGGCCAUGCGGAAGACGGUGCUGCCUGGGCUGGAUGGUUUCCAGGUGCGUCCUGCCUGCAGCCAGGUCUACAGCUUCUUCCACUGCGCAGACCCCUCUGCCUCACGGCUUGAGCCACUGCUGGAGCCCAAGUUCCACCUGGUGCCUCCCGUCAGCGUGCCCCGCUACCAGAGGUUCCCACUCGGCGAUGGACAGUCUCUGCUGCUCGCUGAUGCCCUGCACACCCACAGCCCCUUAUUCCUGGAGGGCAACUCCCGGGGCAGCCCACCACUUCCGGAUGCCCCUGCCUCACUCCCUCAGGCCCCAAGGUCCCAGCGCCCAGGACGAAGGAUGAGUGAGGGCAGCUCGCAGAGUGACAGCUCAGAAUCCUCGGAUGGCCUGGCACCUGUGGGUGCCUCCCGCAUCACAGCCAAGUGGUGGGGCACCAAGAGGAUCGACUAUGCCCUGUACUGCCCCGAUGUCCUCACCGCCUUCCCCACGGUGGCCCUGCCCCACCUCUUCCACGCCAGCUACUGGGAGUCUACUGAUGUGGUCUCCUUCAUCCUGAGACAGGUGAUGCGCUAUGAGAACGUGAGUGUGAAGGAGAGUGCUGGCUUAGACCCCGCUGCGCUGAAUCCCGCUAGCCCCCGCGAGAAGUGGCUUCGCAAGAGGACCCAGGUCAAGCUGCGGAAUGUCACUGCUAAUCACCGGGCCAAUGAUGUGAUUGCUGCUGAAGAUGGUCCCCAGGUCCUGGUGGGGAGGUUCAUGUACGGGCCUCUUGACAUGGUGGCUUUGACCGGUGAAAAGGUGGACAUCUUGGUGAUGGUAGAGCCCUCUUCAGGACGCUGGGUACACCUGGAUACGGAGAUCACCAACAAUAGUGGCCGAAUCACAUAUAACGUGCCCCGGCCCCGGCGCUUGGGGGUUGGUGUCUAUCCUGUGAAGAUGGUUGUCAGGGGCGACCAGACCUGUGCCAUGAGCUACCUCACAGUGCUGCCCCGGGGCAUGGAGUGCGUGGUGUUCAGCAUCGAUGGGUCCUUUGCUGCCAGUGUGUCUAUCAUGGGAAGUGACCCCAAGGUCCGGCCAGGUGCGGUGGAUGUUGUCCGGCACUGGCAGGACCUGGGCUACAUGAUCCUUUACAUCACGGGGAGGCCGGACAUGCAGAAGCAGCGGGUGGUGUCGUGGCUGUCCCAGCACAACUUCCCACAGGGCAUGAUCUUCUUCUCGGAUGGGCUGGUGCACGACCCGCUGCGGCAGAAGGCCAUCUUCCUCCGCAACCUAGUGCAGGAGUGCUUCAUCAAAAUCAGUGCUGCCUAUGGCUCCACGAAGGACAUCUCCGUCUACAGCGUGCUGGGCCUGCCAGCUUCCCAGAUCUUCAUUGUGGGCCGGCCUACCAAGAAGUACCAAACCCAAUGCCAGUUCCUCAGUGAAGGCUACGCUGCACACCUGGCGGCGCUGGAGGCCAGCCACCGCUCGCGUCCCAAGAAGAACAACUCGCGCAUGAUCCUGCGCAAGGGCAGCUUCGGGCUGCACGCCCAGCCCGAGUUCCUGCGCAAGCGCAACCACCUGCGCAGGACCAUGUCGGUGCAGCAGCCCGACCCUCCAGCCACCAACCCCAAGCCCGAGCGGGCCCAGAGCCAACCUGAGUCCGACAAGGACCACGAGCGGCCGCUGCCCGCGCUCAGCUGGGCGCGUGGGCCCCCCAAGUUCGAAUCGGUGCCCUGAGGGGCGGGCGGUACUCAGAACAGGGGGGGGGGCCCAACCAGGCUGCCUGCAGGGACGGGAGGGGCUCCUUCUCCCCGACACAGGCGUUUUCCUGCUUUUUCCCUCCCGUGUCUGUCCAGCAGUGUCCGACCAGAGUGGGGAGGGACCCUGCCUCGCGUUGGGGAGGUCUCCCUGGGCUGCGACAGGGUGAAAUCGGGGAUCUCCGUGCAGCCGCCGCUGCUGCUGCCUCCCCACGCCCGAGACGGCAAGCCCGAGUCAAGGUUGGUGUUUGUGUAAUCCGGGGGCCAGGCCUGCCCGAGCCGCAGUGUUUGGGCAAGGCUGACCAUCUUUCAGAGUCCCCGAGGCUCCGGCAGCCGUGCAAGGCAGGCUCUACCUGGGGGGAGAAGCCCCCAGCCCCAGGACCAACUGCCGCUGGCAGGUACAGCUUCUUGGCUGUCUUGUGGAGGAGUGAGUGGCAUUUGUGCCCGCCCUCCUUGUGACAUCCUGGGUCACCCACUUUGGGGCUGAUUCACUUAUGACAAAGUGGUCACUUUCUGGGAGUGAGAGGACGUCUUUUUGGCUCAUUCUCACGAUUUGGUGUCUGUCCACAGCCCUGGGGGGCAGGGUCUGGUGCUGACGGUCUGUCCUGCAGCUGUCCUUUGUCCCCUACUUCUUGUCCUCAGUAUCCUCACCAUACUCCUGUGGCCCUCUAGGACAGGUGUACCUCUCCUGGGAGCCCUGCCUCACAUCCUCCCCUGUGAGGCUGCAGCCUUGGGCUCCGGCCCACCUGAGCUGGCUGUGUACCCUUGAGCCUGUUGCUUACCUUCUCUGAGCCCUGCCUUUUUUCUGUAAUUGGAGUAGUCCCCCCAGUUGAGAUGGAUGGGAGAUUUUGACUCCUAAGUUGUCCUACACUAUGCCCCUGGAGGCUUUUCAGAGGGCCCAGCGAUCCAUCCCUUCCACGACUGGGAGAGGGUUUCUGGGUGGGUUGGGAAGGAGGUGCGCUCUACUCAGCAUCUCAGAGGAAGCCCCUACUCCAUGGAGAAUUGCAGCAGGUGGCCUGGCACUGAUGCCCAAAUUGGGUGUCCCUGGGAGAAAAAGAGCUCCCUCCACCCCCAACAAAGGGUACGGAUCUGGCUCUUCCCAUCCCCAGUCCUGCUCCGACUGAUUUCUCUCUUUUGGUUCUUGGAAGGCAUAGAACUGAGAUCCCAGGGUUCUGGGGGUUUGCAGAAUUUUGGCUCAAACUGUUGUAUUCUCUUCCUUCCCUCUGCCACUCUGCUUGGUUUGAGCCUAUCACCUCCUCCUGAAUAGUCCCCUGAGGGUGGCAGGGCUUGGUUUUCCUGGGGGCCCUUCUAAGUCUGCCCAGGUCCUCCUGCGGCCAAGCCCCUGGCCUGGGCACAGGCCUCUGCACUCCCCUGUGCCCUGACCCAGGUUCACCCCUGCUGUGGGGCUUCCCCAGGUUGCCUCUGAGCCCUGGUGGACUGCCACUGAGGCUGGUCCCAGCUCUUUCAUUGAGGCUGCCCCAGGGCCCAGACGUGUGUCUGCAGCAGGCACCUGUUUCAGCUCAGUGUCGCUUCUCUGCUCAAUGUCUACCUCUUGCAGCUCCCAUGCAGCCCACGGCAGCUGCUGGUGGGGGUGGCUGGCACCACCAUUGUAAAUUGCCUAGGAAAUCCUGGGCACCCUGCUGGGCCAGGAGGGGUCUGGGCUCCAGCUCCCACCCCAGCUCUGUCCACUAGAAACAUCUCCUUCAGCUUGCCAGCUCCCGCCACCUUCGCCUCACCCAUCUGCCAGCUCUUCUGCUCCACGGUCAGCACUUCAUCCCCAUCCAAGCCCAGUGCUGCGGGGCGAGUCUGCCGGGGCGGGAGGUGUGAGCCUCCACUUCUUCUCUGGCCCUGCCUCCCUGCGAUUUCUCACUGCCUGUCCCCUGGAACAUGUGUCACUCUUUGGCUUUCUCUUGGCACCAGCUCUUAUGGCGUAGCCACCUCAAUCCUAAUCUUUCCCACCCCUUUCCCCAAAGUACCAUGAUUUCGACUUGGGCAGACUCAGUGUGAUUCUCUGACACUCCAUCAUCUCCUUUUAGCCGAAGUCACUGAGGUUUUACUUCCAAAUGAUAAAAUAAUUAGCAUGAGAUUCUUUCCCCCCAGGUUAGAUUCCCCUUCCCUUUCUGAGAACCCCAGGCUUGUGUGUUUGGGGGGUGGGGAGGAAGAGUGCACAAGUGUGAGCUGGGAUCUCCAGGAAAUCUGGAGUCCGUGACCAGGGUUCUAUGACUCUAGGGAUCAGAGCUGAGACACAGGAUCCAGCAGGAGGGUCGCCACCCCUUCCCUUGCUGGAGCCCCCAGACUGGGGUUUUGAUGACUCCCACGUGAGAUGUUGACGGUGUACAGGGAGAUAUUGUGAACACAACACCCUCAGAGCUGUAGUUGGCGUGUGUGAAUGUGUACUUGCCGUUCUGUUCAGUGAAGAGAUGAUUUCUGUUUCCAGUACUGCUUUCUCGGCAACUACGUACCCCAUAUGCACUUUCUAUACUAGUGGUGUGUUCAAUCUUGUCUGUCCAGUUAAGUUGGAGACACAGAGAACCAAGUCCCAUUCCUUGGAGGGGGUGCUUCCACCUCUCCUUCAGUAAUUCUGUGAUCCCAAUCCAGCUGUCUUCUAGAGAAUUCUUCUAGCUCCUGGUGUGCCUGCUCACCAGCAGCUGGAAGACAGAUCUGCCUGCCUGACCAAAGCUGCUUGUUCCGUGGCAUGUUUGUUUUUCCCCAUGUGGUGGCUGUCCUGGCUGAGGGCCUGCCUGCUGCCUUCCCCUAUCCCUUGCCCUGUUGGGGGUUCAGGGUGCAUUCUUUGCUAUGGCCUGCUCUUUCAGCAUUAUGAUUCCGCCCCCCCCCCCCAAAGAUCUUGACUCCUCCCUUAAACACCAUGGAAUAUUAAAACAAAACAAAACAGAACAAAAACAAAGUGGACUCCUUUUGUGCAUUUGGAGGAUCAGCCUUUUUGUCAGGGUGCUGGGCUACAGCAAAUGUGUCUGGACCCCAGUAUUCUUGAGAUACUGGGGGUAGCUUUUUGAAAGAGGGGAGGCUGGAUCUUAGUGGUUUUUAAACUGUACUUGAACACUUUGGAGCCCAUACUUGUGCCCUGGGAGUGUCCUGCAGACAAACCUGGCAUGAUCUUUAAUCUUUAAAAGAAGGCUGGACCCCACCUCAGGCAGGUGGUUCUGGGUCCAAAGUUGGUGCCAGUUUUGCAUUCACACCCCCCACAACCAGCUCAGGUGCAGCCCUGCCCGGGAGGGGUGCCCUGACUGUGAAGGAGCCUCGCAGUUGACCCCGCCUUAAACAACCAACCAACUUUCUGGCCGAAUCCCCGGGGGUUUGAGUGCCAAGUGCUCUGGAAACCUUUUCUCUUUGGCUCAGCCCAAAAACAACAACAACAACAAAAACCACCACACACACACACACACACACAAAACCACCCCUCCUUCCUUCCCUAAGGGUUUGGGGGAAUUUUCUUAAACAUCUAAAUUAGGGUUAAGUCCAAGCUGCAAGGCACAGCCGAGUUCUGCUGUCCUUGCUGAGAAACCAAUAGGAUGGUUGGGAGGAAAAUCAGAGUUUGACCUCACCCUCUUUGGGACAGAGGAGAGGCAGGUGACACCAAGGAGGGGCAGGCCAGAGGAGGGCGGUUCACCCAAGGGACCCCCCACUCGAGGAUUCCCGCUGUCCUUUUCUAUUUGUUUCUGUGGGUGGUGCCAGCCAGUCUGACCUUGCCGAGGGUCAGACUGUUCCCAAGUGUGUAACUUUCAGUAUUGUCUGUGACGGGUGGUUCUGUGGUGGACAUGGUUUAUUAGCUGCCUUGUACAAAAUCCGUUAGAAAAGAAAAUGUAAAAUACCAGAUUUCUAACAAGACAAAAGCAGCAUUAUGGAGUUAAAAGAUUUUUCUAAUUGGUCUUGAUUUUGAUGUGAGCUGGUUUUUAACUCUCAAAUGUUGUCACUUAAAUAAAAUCCUUAUUUGCCUUUAAAA